GCGUUGUCAGCGUGGUCCUUCUGUAAGGCACGUCGCUGCUCUGCCCAGAGCAGUAGCUGGGGAGGUGGAGGAAUUUGUGCCUCAGAGCGCAGCGAGUGCUGGGGAGGUUGACUGAGAAGCUCAGCAUCAGUUGCUACUUGGCUGUGCCUCGAUUCUGGCAUUACAGCAGCACAUUCUGGUUCGCUGGGCCGAAGGCUCGGCUAUCGGUGCUCCUUCAGCCCCGGUGUGGCCGGGGAGGGCUCCCGCUUCGGCCCGAGCCCCGGCGCUCCCCGCCCCCGCGGCAGGACUACAUCUCCCAGCGGGCUGCCGGCGGAGCGGCCCCGGCUGCCCCGUGCCCUCGCCCGGGGGAGCCGGAGGGCGAGCCCCGUGCCGGCUCCGGCCGCGGCAGCUUGAAACCUCUUUGACCGAGUACCGGGCACAUAGUUCUUCUGCUGAAGAGGCGCCUUAUGGAUGAGAAGAAAACCUGCAAAACCUACCAGCUGCGUUUCGUUGCCCAACUGAGCGAUCUGCAGAAUAAGCAAGUGACGUGCUCACAGUCCUGAGGCAUUAUGCUGCUUGAGGUAUUCCUGAUUCUGGGGACAAUCAUCAUCUACUUCUUACGUUCCAGGAAGAAAGAAGAGACGUUAUCCUUUAAAGAUGGAUGGUGGGGCAGGGGCCAAAAGCCUGACACUGAAGAAGAUGCAACUAUUUGGCCGUUUAAGGUGGAAACUACAGAAAAAGAUCUGAGCGACUUGUAUAGGAGGCUGGACGAGGCUCGAUUCUCUGAGCCACUGGAGGACAGUUGCUUCCAUUAUGGAACAAACUCAGUGUAUCUCAGGAAAGUUGUCUCCUAUUGGAAAAACCAGUUCAACUGGAAGAAACAAGUUGAAAUUCUCAAUAAGUACCCACAAUUCAAAACUAAGAUUCAAGGCAUUGAUAUCCACUUUGUUCAUGUAAAGCCUCCUUGUUUGCCUGAAGGCCAGUCUGCAAAGCCAUUAUUAAUGGUUCAUGGUUGGCCUGGUUCAUUUUAUGAGUUUUACAAAAUUAUUCCUCUUCUGACUGACCCUGCCAGCCAUGGCCUCAGCGAUGAACACAUUUUUGAAGUCAUUUGCCCUUCUAUCCCUGGCUAUGGUUUCUCAGAAGCACCCCACAAACAAGGCUUUAAUUCUGUAAGCGCUGCUUCGGUAUUUUAUGAAUUGAUGCUCAGACUGGGAUUCAGCGAGUUCUAUGCACAAGGUGGUGACUGGGGCUGGCUCAUCUGCACCAAUCUGGCGCAGAUAGCUCCCAACCAUCUGAAAGGUCUUCAUUUAAAUCUAGCCUCUGUUACGAACAUGGGAUUCACCCACCUGCUCUCCAUUCUGCUGGGCCGCUAUCUUCCAGGGCUCUUCGGUUUCCAGGAAGAAGACGUUAGGCGGAUGUUUCCCUUCUUGAAAAAAGGGCUCUACAGGAUCUUGUUGGAAUCUGGCUACGCUCACAUACAGGCUACAAAGCCUGAUACUGUUGGUUGUGGCUUGAAUGACUCUCCUGUAGGACUGGCUGCAUACAUCUUGGAGAAAUUUUCUACAUGGACUGAUCUGGAAUUCCGUAAUUUAGAAGAUGGAGGACUAGAGAGGAAAUUUAACCUGGAUGAUCUUCUUACCAAUAUCAUGAUCUACUGGGUGUCAGGCUGCAUAGUCUCCUCAAUGCGUUUCUACAAAGAAAAUCUGCAGAAGGGAAUAGGCACACAGAAACAUGAGAAGCUCCCAGUACAAGUACCUACUGGCAUCGCUUCCUUCCCUAAUGAAGUCAUGCACACACCCCAGGCUUGGGCCCAGAAGAAAUACACCAACAUAGUGUCUUUCCAUUUGAUGCCUAAAGGUGGCCACUUCGCAGCUUUAGAGGAACCUGAACUUCUUGCUGAAGAUAUUCUGCAAUUUGUUGGGAGAGUAGAGAAAGAGCAACUUUGGAGAAAGAAAGGAGAAUAAUUCCCCUUAGGAAAAGCAGGGUAAUUGCUUAUUGCUUACUAAGUCUACUGUAAUCAGAUCUUAUUCUUGACCAGAUAUGAGAGGACAGCAAGAAAACUGCAGGAUAGCUGAGAUAGGAUACAGCCUUGGAAACCCAAGGAUUUUUCUUUUUUAGCACAGCUACGCUAAGAAUGUAGCAUGAAGGUUACUUGGUUAUUUUCUCCCCCAAGCAGAAGCUUCUAAAGCCUGUUCUCUAAUACCACUUACUCUUAUUUUGAAAUUGAGAAAUAGACCUUACCACUGCUAAUACUCAGUUUAAUUAUUACCAACAGCUUUUCUUCACAACAGCAGUAAAAGUUGAGUUGAUGUAUGUGUGAGAUUCCCCACAUACACAAUGGGGAACAGUCAAGCAAGACCUGACUUGAAUGACUGUAUCAAUUAAUCAGCACUGAUCUACAGUGCUCAUUAAACCAACCAGCUGGCUGCUGCUGGCUGUCUUUCUCUUCCAGCCUGUGCUGUUAAGCAGCUUCCUGGCUGGAAGGAAGCUCAGCUCCCCUGCACCAGGCUCCUAGGAAAACAAUGUGUGAGGAGCAGCUGGAGCGUUAGCUGAGUAGCUGAAACACACAGGCUUUUGUAGCUUGGACCAGAAGGAGGAGUUGGGGGUAGGUGUAAUUACAGCCCAAGUAGCCUCUGCACGGAAUUUGUGCUCUUAACUAAAAUCAUAGUCCUGGACAGGCUCGAGACACUAUGGCUUUGCACUGCUUCUACGGGGUACUACUGUAAACACCUCUUAAAAUAAAAUUUAAAAAAAGAUUAACUUAAAAUUAAAGGAAAUUUGCAUUAAAACUUUGAAUAACACUUGCACGUACAUAUGCUUUAAACUUUUGACUAGCUGUGAUUCUGUGUCAGUUCAGAAACUACUGAUUCUAUAUUGCAUUUGUUACAGAGGUCAGGUGAAAGGCAAACUGCUCAAAGAAAACUGAAAGGCAGUGUAUUUUUGCCAACAGCAGUACCUAGUAUGUGCAGCUGAGCUUCAAACACUUUAAAACUGUAGCCAGAUGACUGAUUUCAGUAUGGAUUUGUUCUCUAAUCACUUUUGAUAUACUUCCCUUCCUUGCAAGCAUAGGGAAGUAUAAUCCAUUAAUAACACUUGCAUAGAUUAGUGUUAGUUUAAAAUAUGAAUCUGAAUGGGAGCUGUUAAGUAGCAGUUACUGCUCCUUCCCACAGUUUGUUUGCAGAAUGCAAGUCAACACUGCUGCUGGGCACAUUUGAAUUUUAGUGCUCAAAACCACCUAUAAGCCAUGACAGAACAUCAUUAGGGCAGACUGCUGGUGGACCAAUUUUAGCCAUUUUUCUGAGCAGAGAUGAGAGCUCUCACUACCUUUACUCUGGCCUGGUGUUUCUGCACCUGGGUGCUAGCAGAGGAAAGCCCAGUAGCUCUCAGGUUGCCCUGCAAGAUUUGACUGCAGUGCUGCCACGGACCCUUCAACUGUACUUGAAUUCCUUAACACAGCUGACUGCUUCCAGAUUAGUAUUGAGCACAAAUUCUGUACUCACCUGUAACAGCUUUCAUUAGUCAAUAUUUAUGUCUGUGUUUGCAAAAUAUUUCUGGUUUAGGCUGGUCAGUUCUGAAUAGAUAGGCAGAAAAUAGUCAUUCACGUGAUCUAAAAUAGGCUCUUCUCAGAAAGAAAAGGUUAGAAGGUUCAAUGUUAUCAUAGAAUAUCCUGAGCUGGAAGGGAACCACAAGGAUCAUCAAGUCCAACUCCUGGCUUCGCACAGGACCACACAAAAAUCAAACCAUGUCUGAGAACGUGUUGUCCAAACACUUCUUGAACUCCAGCAGGCUUGGGGCUACGACCACUUCACUUCGGAGCCUGUUCCAGUGCCCGACAACCAUUCCUCAGUGAAGAACCUUUUCCCAGCAUCCAGCCUGAACCUUCUUCUCUGUCACAGCUUCAUGCCUUUCCCUCAGGUCAUAUCGCUUGUCACCAGACAGACGAGACCAGCGCCUGCCCCUCUGCUCUCCCUCAUGAGGAAGCUGUAGGCCACGACGACGUCUCCCCUCAGUCUCCUCUUUUCUGGCCUGAACAAUUCAAGUGACCUCAGCUGCUCCUUACACAUCUUGCCCUCUAGACUGUUCACCAUUUUCAUAGCCCUCUGUUGCACGCCCGCUAGUAGUUUUAUGUCCUUCUUGUACUGUGGCAUCCAAAGCUGCACACAGUACUUGAGGUGAGGAGGACAAUCGAUCGCCCUGACCCAGCUGGCAGUGCUGUGUUUGAUGCACCCCUGGAUAUGAUUGGUCCUCUUGGCAGCCAGGGCACACGGGUGACUCGCAUUGCUUUUCCAGGAGGCAUCUGCUUACCUCUGACAGCAACAGCUGCUUGUAGGCACCACUGUGCUCCCUCUUGCACUAGUCCUUGAUCUCUGGCCAUUUGUUUUUGUCUUACUUCUGUCUCCUGUGUGGUCUUAUAUUUCAGAGCUGGAGAUCAUCCUCCCUCAUCUUUAACACACAUGCAGACAUCUGCUGUGGUGCUAGGGAGCACUGCCAUGUACUGAUAUAACUGAAUACUUCCCUAGGGACUGUUCAGUCACAGCACCGUUAAAGUAAGUGGGGAGGAAGUUUGCUAUAUGAUGCCUGCCAAACCCAUUUUCAGAUGUAAGUAGAAUUUUCUGUCUCCCUUCUGGAGCAGAUCUCCUUGAAGGAGCCCAGCCUCAGUGAAAGAAAGCACAGCAGGGGUCUAUUUAGCAAUCUUAUGUUACAGCAGCCCAUCUAGGCUCAGUCACCAGUGAGAGCUUGACAAAAAAAAAAAAAAAGCCAACCACCACCAGACCUUUAUUUUUAAAUACGUCUCCCAGUGCUUUGCAAUUUGAGACAACGAUAAUGAACACGGACAGUAAGCGUCAGUAAGCACAUCCUUUCCCCACUCUGUGCACCAGGUAGAGUGCAUUUCAGCCUACUGCAAAUGAGCAGUCCAUACUGACAGCUUUAUUUCAUAUAUAAAAUAGUCACAGAGAAAUUAAUUCCAGCAUGAAAAUGAGUUUGAUUAGAUAUUGUCUGAAAGAAAAAAAGGUGUAGACUUUAGAAGCUUAAAAAUGGUAAACACCUGUUAAAUAGUGAAGAUUUUUCAAAUUCUGGUGUCACAAUUCUCAAAACUUAAGCCAACAGCUAUCAGCAGCUAGUGUUCAUCUCCAACUAUCUACACUUAGAUAUAGACACAGUAAAAUCCUACAACAACCUACAAGAGUGCAAAAUUCAGCUACGUGCCAGUCAUAAAUCCUGCCAUCAACUCCCCUCCCCUUUUUCUCAAAGUAAUCACCUGUUUUUAGCAAAGUGCAGCCAAACCCACUGCCUGUAGUGCAAAGUUUAACGCUAAUGAAGUGUUUGUGGGCUAAUAAUAGAAUCUGCAUGUCUUGCUGCAGGCAGGAACUCUCACACAAGCCUGAGACUUGGAUAACUGCCUUGAGUGAAUCCAGACUCACUUCUGAUACACACUCUGCUUUUGGCUAGUGGGCAAUUAUUUGGUACAGUACUAAAGUGAGUAGUGCAGAAGUGAGUGUCAGAUAAUCAGAAAUAGUUUUAACAUUUGUUUUAGCAAGUAACUACGUAUCAGAUUAUUGCAAUAAUAUUUAGUAAGACAGGACCCCUGCUUUGUUAUACUUAAGCAAGCCAGCUGAGUACCUGCUGUUCGGACAGUAAGUGUCCUCUAACAAGGCUAAAUGCAGCACUUGCCAUUGCUGGCUGAGCUGUUUCUUGGGAAUAAGGCUUUUUGACAUAGUAGCUAUAUCCUUCAGGAGAACCAAGAAUCUGCUGAUGGUUUGGUUCUCGAAGCAUUUUACUCUGCUCAAGAGCCGUUUCUUGGUGAAACUUCCAUUUCUGCACCAAAGUUGCCCCAGAGUCCCUGCUCAAAGAAAUUGCUGUCCUAAAGGCCCCACCUCCUUAAAUAGCUCCAAAACAUAGAUCUAUACCACACUGAAAACAGAAACAGGUGACCUAAAUGUUAGUUUUUAAUUAGCCAGUUACUGUCCAUGAAGAGUCUGGAUAAAAGGUUCAAAAAACACAGCAAUGCCACUGAAAAUAAGCAGAACUUCCUUUCCAAAGCACUUCAGUUAGGGCUGGAAUAUAUCUGUUUCUGGUAUGGAAAAAUAGUUAAAGUUGCCUUGUCAUAUACUCCAGCAAAAUUAACUCUCACUACAACCAAAUUUGACUUCUGAUUAUUAAACUACAAAUCAAAAAGUCCUUAAAAUCUAAGCCACUAAAUGCAGCCUUUGGAAAUCUUAUACAACUAAAUAAGGCUUUGUCCACACUAAAGAAAAAAAGUCAGGCAUUACUCAGAUUAUGAGUUUGAAACUGUAAGACACUACACUUUUUGCACCAAAAAGAAAUUUAAGCCAUCAUUAAAAAAAUUUAAAAAUCAUUAAGUAGCAUCACAAGUAGACAUCUAGAUCCAUAAGGGGCACUUAUCCAUCACCGCUGAGUCAGCAAGGGGUAGGGAUUUAACCGUUCAAGACAGUCAAUCAAAUGCACGUUCUGUUUUACAAGCCGGUACAAUACAUAAAAUGCAUUAAAUCAAGACAUUUUUGUCUGAAAGAGGAAUGGAAGCAUCCCUCUGGAUACUGUAGGAAGAGAUGAGGAAUAAAUCCAUAUUGAUUUCAGGCUAGCUUAUUUGAAAACACUGAGAAAUGAUGCCACUUGUUUGAGUUGAUGUAAUAGCACUUUAAGGAACAUAACUCGCACUAAAAACAUCUUGCUUAGGAUUAGUUUUCUUCCGUGAAAGAAAUAACCUGUGCAGUGCCAGACAGCCCUGAUAGCGUAUUGCCAGUGCUGCUGGAAGAAGUAGCCCUAUUACAAUCGUCAGUUGUUUUCUGGAGAGCAGUAUUUAUAAACCAAUCUGGGCUGAGUGACAGCUCUUUCCCCUUGCUAGAUGUAGUCCAAACGUCAGUCUUCAAAAUACCUUCCUGAUUGGAUUUUAAGAUGUUUAGAAGGUUGCUCAUGCUCCCCAUGUUUGAUAGUACCACCUGCAAUUUUGAGGAUAGGAGGAACAAUGAGAUUUUCUACUUAAAUGAUGGAUUUCCAUCUUUUCUUAAAUGAAAGAUAGACCCUCUUUGGUGGAUUCAAACCACCAUUUCAACCUAUUCAAAUGGCUCAAGCCACUGCACAUCACAGUGCAAAGGGAGAACAGUACAGAGAAAAGGUGAAUGUGAAACAUGAGAAGACAAAACCCCACACAACCGCAAAGUCAAAGAGACCAACAUGAGUCAAAGACACCAACAUGACAAACACCACUAUAUCUGAAGACUGACCAGGUAGCUGUUUCAACAGUACAAGGGAGAUGCAAAGAAGGAAACUGACUACUUCAUCUUUUCUAUGCUGCCUGUUCCAGCAGCUGCAAGGGGCCUGGCCUCCAUCUUGCAAAAACUUCAGUGCCCAAAGCUGAGCGAAGGGGCCUGGCGCUGUGUCAGGAGCCCAGCUGUCUGCCCCUCUCAGCAGCUGCAGCCUGCUUCGGGCAGGGGGAGGGCCAGGCCCUGGAGGCAGGAAUGGUGAAGGCAGCAGGUGAAAAGAAAAAGCAGGCCCACAGCCCUUAAAUUCCUCCCAGUCCCUGAUUUGCCCCCCUCUCCCCAUAUCCCACUUCACAUCCAAUGCUAAAAUCAACUUUUGCCUGUCCUGCUGGCUACCAGAAAAAAACAUUCCCACCCCUCCUUCUCAGCACAACUCACAGUGUUGCUUCAUUCCUAGUUCUCCACCGCACAAGGAUGUGUGGAUGUGCUCCACCCAGAGGUAUAAACCAAAGUCAACAUAAGCAGUUAUAUUCAAAUAACCGAUGCCCAUCUCUUCUGCCAAGGGACCUGAAAGGCCCAGCCCAGCUACCGCUUCUGCCUCUUUUCUGGAUGGCAGUCCUCACUCAGUGCAAUCGUACGAGCAGGACACUUGGGUUGCAGCUAUGCUCUGGCUGAGUAUACGUAGUCCCAUUCACUUUUGGACUACAUGGCCAUCAUUGCUUUGUCACCUCUCCUCAGAGUGCACCUGUUAACCUUUCAACUUCCCAAACUGACGUAGUCUAAGGACUUGAUUUUUCAGCAGUUACACUCUUUUUUCAACCAAGCCUACAUUGUUGGAGAGGUUUUGUAUGGAAAAUAUAUUUGUAUCUCGAGUUCUAGAAAUUCUCGGGCAGUCUCGAGGGAGCUAAGGUCCACCUCUACGUAUUUGUCUCACUGAUUUUUGUUUAUGUCACCCUAAGUCUUUUGUGGCUGGUAAAGCUUUUUGCAGUAAUCAGAAAGAAUCCUUAAUGUUUCAGAGGAACAAGAGACAAAGAAGGAAUAAGCAAUAUCUCACACGAAACUGAGCCCCCUGCAGAAUACAGAUAAAAUUAAUUGUCCUAACCUCUCUAUUAUGUCUUUUUCCUCUUAAAGCUAAAUGAGGGGAAUUAUAGCUUGAAUGAUUCCUCUUAAAGGCACACAAACAAUUAUUCCCCAACUUUUGCCCUUUUCUUCCUAAUGAAUAAGCAAAUUACAAUUUCUAGUCUCAGAGCAGAAUGAAUUCUCACUGUUUUAGGAAUAAUUCUGAUGUGAUAGUUGUAAAACAUGAAAAAAAUAAGAAAAGCCUACUUUAUUCUCAAAGACUAUGUCUGCAGCCAAAUUAUGGUUCUUAGCAAUUUUCUAAAUCAUUUUCCCUUUCCACUUAACUCUGUGGAGAUAGCUACUGGUUUAAUUUUUCUAUGCCUAUAGAGGAAAAAAACAAAACACAGCUGAUUUGCCUUACGCAAAAAAAAAAAAAAAAAAAAAAAAAAAAGAAUUCAAAGUUUUGACAUGGAACACCU